AUGCCCGUUUGUGUGUUCUACCUAGGAAACCAAUGCAAGUUCGGGGACAAGUGUAACUACUCCCAUGAUGUCGAGCCACUAGCAAGUGUGCAGUGCAAGCAUUUCAUUCGAGGAAACUGUCUCUUUGGGACGCGUUGCAGGGAUCGCCACUCGCGGCCCAGCGACUUGCAGUCGAACCGCGAACACGCGCCCAGUUCGAAUGGCAAGGUUCCGCGAAUUCCUUGCAAGUAUUUCGCUCUAGGUCGAUGCAAGAGCGGAGAUACAUGUCUGUACGCUCACGAGGCUCCUGCCACCUUCCCUCAGCCUAUAUCGACUCAGUCUCACGACACGCUCGAGGGACGUGUUUGUGAAUUUUUCGGGCAAGGACACUGCAGCCAAGGUUCAGAAUGUCCAUUUCUCCAUGUCCCCGGAGCCAAUGGUACGGACUCCACCCCGAACUCAGUCCCCGCUUCCAACGUCGAAGGCGACACCGAUGUACUUACACAAGCAGACGAAUCUUCUGCCGGACUAACAGAAGAACCCCUGCGUAAACCAAAGGUUAUUCCUGAUACGCAGACCCUUCUGUGCAAAUACUUCGCACAAGGGCUUUGUAAACAUGGGGACAACUGCCAAUUUCGGCACGGAGGUGUCCAGUUCUUCACUAAUUCCUCCUCGUCCAGUCCAUUCGUAGCUACAACUACACGGUCAACCGAAAAUUCGGACGACGGAGGAUGGACACGUCGACCAAUUGUACAAUGCAAGUUCUAUGCGGAGGGUAAUUGUAUCCGCGGCGACGCCUGCUCAUUCUUGCAUGGGGCUCAUUCCAAAAACUAUACGAACGCACCUAGGCAUUGGUCAGAGGACACGAACUCCGGGGUCGGCGCGAACCAUUGGGCGUACAACGCUGAUGCGAGUAUCGAAGAACAAGAAACUGAUGCUGCUGGCCAGGCAGUUGGCUGGGGUGAUAGCUGGGGUGAUAACAAUGUUGUCAGCACUCCGACAGCAGAAACAGGUGGUGAUACUCACUGGGCGUCCUCGGGAGGUAAUGCUGACGACGCGAAUGAUGCUGCGGCACUUGGUUGGGGAGAUAGCUGGGGGGAUGGCAAUGGCAAUGGCAACCUACCCGGUGAUAGCAGACUAGACCAGGAUUCGACGAAGAACGACAUAGAUGCCACAGCACUUGGAUGGGGAGAGAGCUGGGGGAGCAGUGAUGCUAACGAUAGUCUACCAAGCGGCGCAGACCAGGGAUGGACGAGCAACGACGCUCCCAGCGCGGCAUCUGGGUGGGGGGAUAGUUGGGGAGAUUCCAACCGCGGCAACCACUCAGGCAGUAGCAACACAAGCGGAGACUCCAAAAAUAAGGAAGCGUUAGAUGGGGCGCCUGGUUGGGGUGAUGUCGAUGCAAAUAACAGCUGGGGCACAAUUUCGAACAAGUACGGCGUGGACUUGACCGCGUCGGAUGUCAAAGGCACGCGAAAGUGCGGCAAUUCCGAGGGAUCCUCAAGCAAACUCGACAAACCCUAUCGGCAGGGCAAGUCCUCGAAGACCCUUGAGCGAACCAGCAGUAACAGUAAUGAUGAAGCCCGUACAAUGCCCUCUACUCCUCGGGAGGUUUGCAAGCUUUACCUCAAAGGAACAUGCACUCUUGGGGCAAAGUGCCAAAUGUCUCAUGACCGGCAGCAUCCUCGCCUUUGUCGUUACGGCUCGCAAGCAGAGUGUCUGCGAGGCCGUAAGUGCUAUUUUAUGCACGAAUCUGAUGCAACCGCCCCUUUGUCGAAGAGCCUAAAUCAUGGAGGGCAAGGCGCUGUCGGAAAGAUACAAGCGAAAUCACCAGCACGAGACCCACUUCCUCAUUUCAGUCGGAAACCACCUUGGACGUACACGCUAAAGCCCGAGGAUCCCAACGCCGCUAAGUUUGAUGAUGCUCCCGCUACGGAGAGUUCAAGUAGCUCUGGAAGCGGAAAUCUUCCUACCAAGCAUUCCACCCCCAUCGUGUCUCCUUUCGUCCACCCUCCCGGACUACCUGCCGCUCCGGUUGCUUCGCGUUCGCACGUGCCCCAUCCAUGCGAAUAUCCACUGCCAGUCUCGCCGUUAUUGCUCUCACCACAUCUAGUUUCAUUGCCUCUGUCCCCAUUGUUGCCUUGUGACAUCCCGCUCCCUCCCUCGCCGCUAUCACCACUUCUUAUCCCACUUCCACUUUCUCCCAUCACCCCUCCUGGUCUACCCUACCUACCUUCCCCUCGGUCUAUCCCUUUGCCAACGAGCCCUCUUCUGAACUCAGUAUGUGACUCACUUGACAGUCGUCCGGAUGCGGAGCGACCUCAGGGAAGCCCCGGGCACGUUACCGAGGAGACGAGUUCGUCCUCUAACCUCGUCAUGACUCCGUGUCACUAUUUCAAGCAAGGCUAUUGCCGAUCUGAAGAUAGAUGUCGCUUUCUCCAUACCCUCGAGGAAGGCUUCGACGAGGUCGCUCACAUACCUGCUGAACGAAGGGAAAAUGAUGAGUUUGAUAACCAGCCGCCCGAGCCUCAGGACGAUCCCAUGCAGCUUCCGGAAGCUGACCCUAUUUUCCUGGAGAUGGAUACGGAACCCACUUCUACUAUGCGCUCCUUCUUUAGCGCGAGUAUUCGAUUCAGUCAUCGGGGUCAACCGUCACAUAUCGUUACUGCGUUUGAAUCAUCUAGGAUCCUUCUCGCCAAUCUACCCUUUCAUAUAACGAGAGACGACGUAGAACGCUUGGUGUCUCAGUUCGGGGUUAUCAAGGGCCUCAUGAUGCUUGAGCCUACUCCUGAUGCUGUUGCCGCGCUGGUGGAGUUCAAUCACUCCGAAGAGGCCGAACGUGCUGCAGCACAACUAGACAACCUGGCAUAUCAAGGCAGAUCUCUUUCCGCUCGCCAAGAUCGUCGAGGUUUCCUUCAAAACGUUGGGACCGCACAUGGUGGCUAUCAUGUUCGCUUGUCAUGGAACGCCCCUAGUCGGGUGGCUUGGGCCUUUUACAAUAGCAUAACGCUGGCAAAAACCGAAGCUGCGAAGUUAGGUACCAUACGCUUUGACAGCCGCCAGAUCAAAGCGACCUUCGAGCGGCCGAGGAAGAACCAGACCUCCGCGUACGCCGUAAAGAUCACCGGCCUACCCCUAAAUACAGAUAGACGACGGCUCCAGGAAUUCUGCGUCGGCUCGACUUCGGUCACUAUUGGGGAACCAACCUACGUUGAUGACUCUCAAGGUCCAAUACGUGAACUACUGGCCAGACAUGGCACUCUUCAUUCACUAGAACCCGUUCCAUUAGACAAGGAAAACACCAAAGUUGUUGCCAUCGCUCAAUUUUUGUUGGCGGAGGCGGCUGCCUCUGCCGCCUUCAACUUGAACGGUCUAACGCCAGAUUCCAUCGGCCACAACAUACUCUCAGCUCAACAUAUUCAUCUUUCGGCCUAUACCAUCCCACGGCGGGAGUAUGUUGCCAUCAAGAACGAGUUCGAUGCAAUCAAAGCUGGAUUGGGAGAAAGCUGCAGGAUACAAUGUUGUGAUCAUAUAGACCCUCUCCGUCUCUACGUGUACAGUGAAGACGUCAAUGCCUACACGUUAGCCAAGGUUCAGAUCGAAAGGCUGGUGCUCGGGGACCUCUUGGUUUCCUCCAACAAUACACAACGCUGGGAACCAUACUUGGAGACGCCGCGUGGGAUGAAGCAGUUAGAGACCCUGAAUUCCGAUGCUCCGUUUUUUAUUCGCGUGGACGCUUUGAAGAAGCAAAUCCGUGUCUUGGGCGGCUCCGCCGACCGCGAAAAAGCCAAGAAGCUAGUCAAUUCGCUUUUCUCUACGCUAAGAAAAUCUCGCCAUCGACUUCCCCUUCCUCGCGAUGUAAUUGCGCCAUUGCUUGCUGGAGAGCUUCAAUCAUUGAAGGAACUAUUCACCAUCAACAACAUCAUUUUGGAUGUUACCGAGUUGGUGUUAAUCGCUUGGGGGAAAUCGGAGACCAUCGACAAUAUUCGGCGCGUUAUACGAAGACUAGAAGCAUCCACCUCACCCAUUAAUUCACGCCCCCACGAUAGGGUUGUCUGUCCAACCUGCUGGAGACCCCCCGUGGAUGCGAUCACAAUUCCCUGCGGCCAUACUUAUUGCAAAAGUUGCCUCCACUACCUAAUCCUAGCUACUGGUGGUUCGUUGGAGGGAGCUCGUUGUAUUGGUCAAGUCUUGCAAGGUGAUGAAGGUGGGGAGGCGGCCUUCUGUCACGGAGAUGUGCCAUACUCUGCUCUUCGAACGAUUCUUGCGCCAGACGAAGAAAGCACCCUCCUCAACGCCGCCUUCGCUGCCUUCGUUCGCAAUGCUACCAAUGGGCUGCACUUCUGCCCCUCCCCAGGGUGUGAAGUUGUUUAUCGAAAGAGGGAAUCUGGCAUCGUGAUAGCAUGCCCAUCUUGCUUGUCACGUAUAUGCCCUUCGUGCGAGACAUUCUACCACGAAGGUAUCUCCUGUCAGCAGUUUUUAGCUGUUUCUUCCCACUUGUAA